UAUGUGAUAUUGAAGAUUGUCAUUAUGCAACUUGUUCCAAAAGAAACAGGUAGUAAAAUUUCACGACUUUAACACAGCCUCUUGAUUUCUCAUCUUACUUCAGAUAACUCGAAUUCUGAAGGAAAAAAAAAGGCAGGUUGGCGAAACUGUAACGAAAACAAACCUAAAAAACAACGCAACUGCAAGGUUAUAGUAACUUUAGAUCAAACCUAUUUAUCAUUUUGCGCAAGCAUUUUCACACUUAAACAAAAUCAUAUGGAAAAGUGAUCAAGUACAUCAGAAACAACCUGCCACCCCUAUACGACGAAAUGACCAUGACCCGUGGAUCAAUACUCCCCAUGACAAAAGCAUUCUGCUCAAUUUAAAUGCAGGCGACUAUUAGGGAUGCAAGUUACAGCUCUCACAGAUGGGCCAGGCAGCUAGGAUGGGAUGUUUUUAAAGAUUCUGUAGAGUUUCAGCCGAGUUUUCAGCAGUGUUCUCUUAUGGUGCCUUUCAGAGGCUGGUGGACUGGAGAGCUAGGAUACUGAGAUUCAGAAGAUGUGAAGAGAACCUGUGAUGAACGUGUUGCAUGGAUAAGGAAUGGAUGGAAUUCUACGUGCUACCUCCGUGUUUCUCACCGGUCUUUUCAUCCUCAGCAAAGAAGUAAAUGCUGAACUUCAGAACAUAUAUGCGAGUGGCUGCAAUGAUCAGAAGCUGACACUACAGUGUCCCGAACAUCACCGCAUUGCCAUCAACCGAAUCUUCUAUGGGGUGAAGACCGACCCAGCCUGUAGGCGUGGCACUCAGUCAGCCGACUGUUGCCAGGUAACGUACCAGGACUGUCGUGUGAACGAUGACUCACACUACCCAACUCUGAACACCCGGUGUUCGGGGUACCAGCGAUGUUCAUUCCCGGUGGAGAGUGUGUCGACGGGGAAACACUGCCAGGAGGACCAGUGGCGUACAGACUACAUGACGGUCAUCUACGACUGUGUUCCAAAUGGAGACAUUGCACACUUCUGCUCGGAUGAUUCCAAACAGGCCAAGGUUCUGUAUCUGGCCAACAAGGAAUACCCGUCCUCCAUGAAGGGCAGCAUUCCCAAGUGUUCCUGCCUGGUGUCGACGGGGCGGUCCCGGGGUCUAAACCUCCACUCCAUCGACAUCCUCCUGGCCAAGUCGGAGUAUGGGGGGCGCACGUGUGACCGCUUCAUCAAGGUGGAGGACUCGUUCGGCUACAACAAGCAGAUCACGUGUGGCCACCGCGGACUGUACGGAUUCCGAACCAUAUACACCAGGACCACGCAGAAUGUGUCGCUCAUUCUUGAGAGUCUCCCGGGAGAUGGGACUGCCUACAUAUUUUUACAGAUUAAACCAACAGACUCGAGUGACCAUGUAAGGAUACACUGUGGUGAGUCACUCCGUCGACUUCUUGCCAAACCUUACGACACCGAGUCGCGAAUCAAAACUGAUAUCGAUGAAGGGGAGGUAAUCAGAACCAGCACCAUCAACAACAGACCUCCGAAUGAGUCGGCUUCAGCCGGUGCUUGGCCACUGACGCCUGACAUGGCGGCUAUAGUGGGUGGAAUAGUUGCAGCUUCGUUUGUCAUCUUCGCUAUCCUCAUCAUAGCCAUUGCUUUACACUGCAGGAGGAUGAGACGAGCCAAGACCCCUAAAACCCAGGUGGAGCUGUACCCAGCCAUGUCGUCUGCUCCUCUGGAUGUGACGUCAUACUGUCGCUAUGACUAUGAUGACGACAACUACUGCUCAAUCAGUCGCAGCCCCCUCAAGGUGAUGCAGUAUGACACCACCAACAAAAACAUGGUGAUCAGCGACGCCUUCACCAACCCUGACCGCCAGGAGGUGCACACGAUGGUUCACUACAGCGCGGACAAAGAAGACACACUGCCAAAUGGAACCCGUGGCCAUGGCAACCAGGGAAACCAUGGCAACGGCGGUGUGGAAGAACCAUUGCUGAAUGGGACUGGCAGAGAUUACCUGGCCAUCAAGGAUGGGAGUCACACCAUAGCAGCUGGAGUUCACAAACCACAUCCAUCGCCGGCACAGGAAAAUAUUGUCAUCAGCGGUCACAGGACUCUUCCCGACAGUCGGCACCACCAGACCUGCAACUACGUGACCCGGAGCCCACCCGCCAAACCCAGGAGCAAGAGCGUGACCUUCCAGCAACCCGUCGCCAUGGUGACGCCUCUGCCGUCAGGGUCAGAAGAAUCGAUGAUGGAACAGGAAUCGGCAAAGAUGGCCGCUGACAACUACGACGAGAUGGAUCUCCCGGAUCUGGACAUAUCGCUGUCAGAAACGAUCCCCAUCCCGAGGUUAGAUGUGAAAGAACAAGAGGGCAACGGUUACCCGAGACCUCUGUCGACAUUCAGAUCGCCCGAGGAAGAAAAGAUAAUCGCAAAGAAGUUCGACAUCCCGAGUCCCCCGUGUUUGGACUCUUCCACGGGUCAGUACGAUAACCUGCCUUACUUCACUGGGAAGGAGAAGUCAUUCUGGCUUCCGAGUCAGGAUGUUAAACCGGUGAUUAAACUGCACCCCAAGGUUCAGCUGCAGAGACAACAGCAGCACCAUCAAGAAAAGCAGCAGCAGCAACAGCAGCAGCUACAACAGCAGCAAGUUCCAGAUGUGAAGCAAUUGCCCAAUGGGAAAACAAGAGUGUACGAAACAGGUGUCUGAAAUACGUGGUGGAUCAUUCUAUCAGCUGAAUGUGUACGAAAGUUGUGGAGUUCAGAUAAAAUGAAAGCCACAAUUUCACUUCAAAAACAUUUUGUCAAGUAACAUAUAACAUGUUAAGAAUCUUAUGAACAAUUUAAUGAAAGCAACAAUUUCAUUUAAAAUUAUUGUGAAACAAUUUUAUAAACAAUUUAACGAAAGUGACGAUUUUAUUUAAAAUUAUUGUCAAACAAGAUUGAACAUGUUAACAAUCUACAGUCUAUUUUGGAAAAAUAGCUAAACAAUUUGUUGUUGUUUUUUCAAAAGUAAACAAAAAUGGUUACAGCAUGAAAAACAUUUUAAUAAAUUUAAAAAAUUUGCAUGAGUCUUUUAAUCAUGUAAAUAACAAGAUGUUAUAUUAUUCAGUAAUAUAUACAUCAUGUGUAUAUAUAUAUAACACUUAUUUAGUGAUGGAUGUCAACUUGUUGGUACAAUUAUUAUGCUAUGGAGUUUAAAACUGGUAGAUCUGGGUUCGUUUCUCAGUACAACACGAAGUGUGUACAAUUUAGUGAAGAUGUGUGUGGUGCAAAAUGUCCUAUCAGAUUGAGUAUUUGCAGUAAUAUUUUCCUGUCAAACAAUGGUACAAAAUCUCUUUAAAGACUGAGUUGUAAUAUUUCUGAGCCAGUGUCUUCAACUCUGUGACUUUUAAUGACUCCGUGGAAAGAGUGUAAAACCACUACACUGAUUUCCCUCUCACUAACCAUAAAUCUCUGUGUCUGCUUUCCCUCUCACUAAGGCCAAUUUUUUUUUAAAUAGGUGUGUUUUACCCCC